AUGCACCUGAUCAACACGCGAACUCUCCUACUGCACGAGUUCUUUGGCGACAAGAUCCCUCUGUACGCAAUUCUAUCACACACAUGGGGCGACCAAGAAGUCAGCUAUCAAGAAUGGAUCUAUGUCCACAAUCAAAACGUCGCCCGAUGGGGCUGGGUGCGCAUCGAGAGCGAGGUCAAAGCCACUAGAGAAAAAGCUGGUUAUGUUAAGAUUGCCCAUGCCUGUAAACUUGCCAGAGGCCUGGGCCAUCAGUGGAUCUGGUUCGACACAAAUUGCAUCGACAAGACGAGUUCUGCCGAGCUGUCUGAAGCCAUCAACUCCAUGUACGCCUGGUACCGCGACUCGGCCGUCUGCUUGGUGUAUCUGGCCGACGUUUCCAUCGCCGGCUCCAGUCACAGAAGCAACACGCUGCAAGAUCUGCUGGCCCCGAUUGGCCUUCUCUUUUUCUCCCAGCACUGGAGCCCUCUCGGCAACGCCCACUCUCUCAAUCCACUCUUGGCCGAGAUCACUGCGAUCGACCCGACAUCAGACCGCAUCAACUGGCUGUCUCGUCGAGGCCGCCUCAUGGCUCAGGUGUCGAUUGCAGCGCGUCUCUCUUGGGCGUCUAGGCGAGAGACUACGCGAUUUGAGGACAGGGCGUAUUGCUUGCUUGGAUUUUUUGGCGUCAACAUGCCGCUCCUCUACGGUGAAGGCGAGAACGCCUUUGCCAGACUCCAGGAGGAGAUCAUCAAGCGAAACCCGGACAGCACAAUCUUCGUCUAG